AUGGUUAUGGAACCUUCGCUAUUGAUGUUAGAUGAACCAACAUCUGGGUUAGACAGUUCAUCUUCCCAGUUGCUCUUAAGAGCACUUCGGCGUGAGGCUCUUGAAGGGGUAAACAUCUGUAUGGUAGUUCACCUGCCCAGCUAUAGCCUUUUCAAGAUGUUUGAUGAUCUGAUACUUCUAGCCAAAGGCGGUCUUAUGGUGUAUAAUGGACCAGUAAAGAAAGUGGAACAAUAUUUUGCAGGCCUUGGGGUCAUCGUUCCUGAUCGGUUUUGUUCUGUAAUAUUGAAAGACUUGUCCGAACGCAAAACUCCUGGUGUAUUUAAGCAGUACAGAUACUAUUUUGGGAGAGUGAGCAAACAGCGGUUGAGAGAAUCCAAAAUACAGGCUGUGGAUUUUCUAAUCCUGUUUCUUGCUGGAGCCUGUUUAGCAUUACUUGCUAAAGUGAGUGAUAAAAAUUUCGGGUUAACAGGUUAUACCUACACAGUAAUCGCAGUUUCUCUAUUAUGCAAGAUUGCUGCUUUGAGAUCCUUCUCACCGGAUAGGUUAAUUUAUUGGAGGGAGAGCAGUUCCGGCAUGAGCAGCUUGGCUUAUUUUCUAUCUAAGGAUACGGUUGAUCAUUUCAAUACACUUGUAAAGCCUGUGGUUUAUCUCUCCAUGUUUUAUUUCUUCAACGACCCUAGGCCUUCUUUCAUGGAUUACUACACUGUUCUGGUCUCUCUUGUUUACUGUGUGACUGGUAUAGCCUAUGUCUUUUCCAUCUUUCUCGAACCUGGCGCCGCCCAGCUGUCGUCAGUUCUCCUUCCUGUCGUUUUGACUCUCGUUUCGAUACAGCAGCCAACUAAAUUUGUGAAGCUCAUAGCAAACUUAUGCUAUCCAAAGUGGGCUUUGCAAGCAUUUGUAAUAUCGAAUGCAAGAAGCUACUCUGGAGUUUGGCUGCUAACACGUUGUGCUUCACUCAUGAAAACGGGCUAUGAUAUUCGCAAUUGGAAUCGUUCUAUAAUCAUUCUUUUCCUAUACGGUGCAGGUAGUCGCAUAUUGGCUUAUAUUUUAAUGGUAACUUUCCGGAGGAAGUAA